CAGAGGGGAGGUCGAGAACUGCAGGCGCGGCACCGCGCUCCCUGAGGCGACGGCGGGUGGCGCGGUGGCUGGCGCGCGCGGCGCGGGAGGGUCCAGGAUGCCUGAGAACGUCUCCUACGCCAACUGCUGCGAGGCGGGCGAGCUGGCCAUGCGCCCGGACUGGCCGGGGACGGGCCGCGCGCGGCCCUCGGGGACCGCCCGUCCUCUCUGGGAGGCGCCCGCGCUGUCUACCGUGCUCAUCGUCACUACCGCGGUGGACGUUGUGGGCAACCUCCUGGUCAUCCUCUCCGUGCUCAGGAACCGCAGGCUCCGGAACGCAGGUAAUCUGUUCUUGGUGAGCCUGGCAUCAGCUGACCUGGUGGUGGCCUUGUACCCCUACCCGCUAAUCCUCGUGGCCAUCUUCCAUGACGGCUGGGCCCUGGGGGAGGUGCACUGCAAGGCCAGUGGCUUCGUGCUGGGCCUGAGUGUCAUCGGCUCUGUCUUCAACAUCACUGCCAUCGCCAUUAACCGCUACUGCUACAUCUGUCACAGCAUGGCCUACCACCGGAUCUACCGGCACUGGCACACCGCCGUCUACAUCUGCCUCACCUGGCUGCUCACUCUGGUGGCCUUGGUGCCCAACUUUUUCGUGGGGUCCCUGGAGUAUGACCCACGCAUCUACUCCUGCACCUUCAUCCAGACGGCCAGCACACAGUACACAGUGACAGUGGUAGUCAUUCACUUCCUCCUCCCCAUUGCUGUUGUGUCCUUCUGCUACCUGCGCAUCUGGGUGCUGGUGCUCCAGUCCCACAGGAAGGCCAAGCUGGAGACCAAGCUGCGCCUGAGGCCCAGCGAUGUCCGGAGCUUCCUAACCAUGUUCGUGGUGUUUGUGAUCUUCGCUAUCUGCUGGGCCCCGCUGAACUGCAUUGGCCUUGCUGUGGCCAUCGACCCAGAAGGAAUAGCUCCCCAGGUCCCGGAGGGGCUCUUUGUCACCAGCUACUACCUGGCUUACUUCAACAGCUGCCUUAAUGCCAUAGUCUACGGGCUCCUGAACCAGAACUUCCGUAGGGAAUACAAGAAGAUUGUCUCAGCCCUCUGGAACCCUGGGCGCUGCUUCCGGGAUGCUUCCAAGGGCAGCCAGUCCACAGGGCCUCAGAGCCAAACUCCACCUGUCGUUAAUGGCCAGCAUCCUGUCCAGGUUUUGGUGAUGAUCCAGGAACCAAGAGAAUGAAAGGGUAUAGAGAAAACCCAGGAUACUGGGGCCAUCUGUGUGCUCAUGUGGAAUGGCCUCAAGCUACACAUCCUGAUCUUAAAUAAAGACAAUUUUGCUGCAAAAGUGUGGGAACUCUAUCCAUCCUCCACCACCUUGCUGUAAAUGUCUAUUUAGGAACUUGGAUUUAUUUUUUAAAAAAUCUUUCCAUAAAGAUAACUAUUGGCCCACGUAAUUUAACUUGUGAAUUUUAUCAAAUAUUUAAUAAAGAAAUAAUACUAACCUUACAUAUACUCAGAAAAUAGAGGAAGAAAAAACAUUUCUCAGUGUAUUUUGUGAAAUCAGCAUAACACUUCCUUAUAGCAUUGCAAUUUCAUUUAAACAAAAGAAAAAUUACAUACAAGAAAAGAAAAAUUGUGUCCCUCCUGAACAGAGAUGCAAAAAUCCGUAACGGUAUAUUAGCAAAUUGGUUCCAAAAAUAUACAAGAAGGAUUCUGCAUCAUGACCAAGGUGGUCCCCCAAGAAUAUAAGGUUAAUUUUACAUUUGAAAAUCAAUGUAAUUUGUAAUUUUAACAGAAUAAGAGAGAAAAUUAUGUCAAUACAUGCAAAAAAAUCAUUUUACACAAUUGAACAUUCAUUCAUGACAAAAAAAUUUUUUUUGGAAAACCAGGAAUAGGAGUAAAUUUCCUCAAGCUGGUAAAGAGUAUCUUUGAAAAAACUACAAAUGAUAACAUAUUUAAUAGUGAAAUCAUUAAUGUUUUUUCCCUGAAUUGAAACAAAGAUGUAUGCUCCCACCAUUUCUUUCAAUAUUUUACUGGAAGCCCUAGCUUUAUAAUAAGUUAGAAAAAGAAACAAAGGACACACAUGUUAUUAAGAAAAAAUAAAAAGUAAAACUCUCAUUCUCAGAUUACAUGAUCCUAUAUGUAGAAAACCGUAUAAAAUCUUUAAAACAAACAAACAAACAAGGGACACCUGGGUAACUCAGUAGAUUAAGCAGCUGACUCUUGAUUUCAGCUCAGGUCACGAUCUCACGGUUCAUGAGAUCAAGCCCUCUGUCGGGCCCUGCACUGACCGUGCAGAACCUGCUUAGGAUUCCCUCUCUCCCACUUUGCCCCUUCCCCACUCAUGCUUUCUGUCUCUCUGUCUCUCUCAAAAUAAAGUUAAAAAAAAUAA